AUGGGCACAAUACCUGAUAUUAUCGAACGGCGAAGACGUAUCGUACAAGAUCAUUUACUCAUUUGGUUAGAUGAGCAUAUGAACGAAACAAAGAAAGAUUAUAAACAUAUUUUAACACAAAUACAAACCUUUGCCGACAAUGUCACCAUCUUUACACAGAGAGAUGAAUGCGUCGACUUUAUUUCCGAUAGUGGAGACAUCACGUCUUUUCUUGUUGUCGAGAACACUAUUGCUCAACAAAUAAUGCCCCUCAUCAAUGAUAUUCCUCAGCUGGAUGGUGUUUAUAUCUUCAAUGAUAUUAAAACCCUACAUGAAGAAUGGACAAAAAAAUGGCAAAAAGUCAAGAGAGUUCAUACCAACAUUGAUGACAUAUGUCAAGGAUUACAACUGGAUAUUAAACAAUACAAUCAAGAUUCGAUAGCCAUGAGUUUCAUCACAGUGGAAGAAAUAGGAUCAACUGAUAAUUUGAAUCAGUUGGAGCCAAAUUUUAUGUACACUCAGAUUUUCAAGGAAAUCCUUCUUGAUAUGCAACAUGAUGAACAGGCUAUCAAAGACUUCAUAACUUACUGUCGACGUCAUGAUUAUGUGUCCUCAAUUAACAUUAACCGUUUUGAGAAAGAAUACAAUGCUGAACUAGCUAUUUGGUGGUAUACUUUUCCAUCCAAUAUCUAUUCUAUGCUCAAUUCUGCUCUUCGAAUACUGGACGCUGAUGCAAUUAUUACUAUGGGUUUUUUUAUAUCUCAUCUGCAUCAACAAAUUCAAGAGCUGUACGAACAACAAGUCAAUAGCUAUGAAAGAAAAUCUUUUAUAGUUUAUCGGGGACAAGGUCUUAUGAAAUCAGACUUUGAAAAACUUCAAAAAACAAAAGGUGGACUAAUCUCAUUUAACAAUUUUUUGUCCACCAGUAAAGAUCAAGAAGUCUCCCUCGAUUUUGCUCAAUGUGCUUCAACAAAAGCAGAUACGAUGGGCAUUCUCUUUAUAAUGUCCAUUGAUCCUUGUAUUAAAUCGACACCAUUUGCCUCCAUCAAACAGAUGAGUUACUUUAACGGAGAAGACGAAAUUCUCUUCUCAAUGCACACCGUCUUCCGAAUUAAUACAAUUCAACCAAUGGACAAUAACAAUCAACUUUAUGAAGUUGAAUUAGAAUUAACAUCGGAUGAUGAUCAACAACUACGAUUACUUACUGAUCGAAUACGAGAAGAAGCUGGUGGCGGUACUGGAUGGCAAAGAUUGGGUAUAUUAUUACUUCACAUUGGUCAAUUUAAUAAAGCUGAAGAACUGUAUAAAGUACUACUCGAACAGACAUCUGAUGCGGGUGAAAAAGCACAUUACUUUGAUUCACUGGCAUAUGUCAAAAAUGACCCGGGUGUCUAUGAAGAGGCUAUUUUGUAUUUCGAAAAAGAACUGGAAACUCGAGAAAAAACUCUUCCUUCAAAUCACCCCGAUUUGGCUACUUCAUACGACAACAUUGGUCUCAUGUAUGCUAACAAAAGAGAGUACUCGAAAGCACUUUCAUACUACGAAAAAGCACUUGAUAUUCGAGAAAAAACUCUUUCUUCAAAUCACUACGAUAUUGCGCUGUCAUACUAUCAUAUCGGCUCGCUAUAUGGCCACAAGGAAGAGUACUCUGAAGCACUUCCGUUUUUCGAAAAAGCACUUGCAAUCGCUCAAACAACUCUUCCUUCAAAUCAUCCUGAUUUGGCUUCUGCAUACGGCAGCAUCGGUUGCGUGCAUUGGAUCAUGGGAGAGUACUCGAAAGCACUUUCUCUUCUCGAAAAAGCACUUGAAAUUCGAGAGAAAACUGUUCCUUCAAAUCAUCCUGAUUUUGUGCGAUCAUACACCCACAUCGGUAUGAUGUAUGCUAGCACAGGAGAGUACUCGAAAGCACUUUCAUUUUACGAAAAAGGACUCGCAAUUGGAAAAACAACUCUUGCUUCAAAUCAUCCUGAUUUUGCGCAGUUAUACAACCGCAUCGGUUUGGUUUAUCAGAACAUAGGAGAGUACUCAAAAGCACUUUCAUUUCAUGAAAAAGCACUUGACAUUGUAGAAAAAAAUCUUCCUUUAAAUCAUCCUGUUUUUGCACAUUUAUACAAUGACAUUGGUUUAGUGCAUUACAACUUAGGACAGUACGCAAAAGCACUUUCAUCGCUUGAGAAAGCACUUGAAAUUCGAGAAAAAACUCUUCCUUCCAAUCAUCCUUUAUUGUCUAUUUCAUACAACAAUAUCGGUUUGGUGUAUCAGAACAUGGGAGAGUACUCGAAAGCACUUUCAUUUUACGAAGCUGCACUUGGAAUUCAAGAAAAAAUUCUUCCUUCAAAUCAUCUUGGUUUGGCACAGUUGUACAACAAUAUUGGCGGUGUAUAUGAGAACAUGGGAGAAUACUCGAAAGCACUCUCAUUUCAUGAAAAAGCGCUUGAAAUUGAACAAAACAUACUUCCUACAAAUCGUCCUCAUUUGGCUACUUCAUACAACAAUAUCGGUGUUGCGUGUGAGAAAAUGGGAGAGUACUCGAAAGCACUUUCAUUUCAUGAAAAAGCUCUUGAAAUUCGAGAAGAAACUCUCCCUUCAAAUCAUCCUAGUUUUGUUCAAUCGUACAACAAUAUUGGUGGUGCGUAUCAGAACAUUGGAGAGUACUCAAAAGCACUUGCAUUUCUUGAAAAGGCACUUGAUAUUCAAGAAAAGGCUCUUUCUUCAAAUCAACCUGAUUCUGCACAGUCGUACAACAGCAUUGGUAUGGUGUAUGACAAGAUGGGAGAAUACUCAAAAGCACUUUCAUUUUGCGAAAAAGGAUUUAAAAUUCAAGAAAAAAGUCUUCCUUCGAAUCAUCCUGAUUUUGCGCAUUCAUAUAACUGCAUCGGCUUGGUAUAUAACAAUAUGGGAGAGUACUCGAAAGCACUUUCAUCACACGAGAAAGCACUUGAAAUUCGCGAAAAAGCUCUUUCGCCCAGUCAUCCUGAUCUGGCUACUUCAUACAACAACAUUGGUUGUGUUUAUAGAAAUAUGAAAGAUUACUCGAAAGCACUAUCAUAUUAUGAACAUGCUCUGGACAUCAGAGAACGGGCAUUACCUCCAACUCAUCCUCAUAUAAAAACUGUGAAAGAUAGUAUUGAAUUUUGUAAAAAAGAAAUUAUAAAGAAUAUUUGA